GGACAAACUGGGCAACACGAUUUUAUUCCCCUGAUUUAUUCAAUAUGUCAAAGCCAGUUUUGUACUCAUACUUCAAAAGCUCCUGUUCAUGGAGGGUUAGAAUAGCUUUGUUGAUGAAGAAAAUUGAUUUUGAAUACUCAGCUGUACAUUUAGUAAAAGAUGGAGGACAACAGAGAUCAGAAGAAUACAAUACUAUUAAUCCCAUGCAGCAAGUUCCUACUCUAGUCAUCAAUGGUCAGCGAAUAUCACAAUCAAUUGCUGUAUUAGAAUAUUUGGAUGAAGCUUAUCCAGAUCCUCCAUUACUGCCAAAAGAUUCCUUACAAAGAGCCAAGGUAAGGGAGAUAACUGAAACAAUUUGUUCUGGAAUUCAGCCACUGCAGAACUCAACUGUUCUUCAGAAAAUUGGAGACGAGAAGAAGAAUGAAUGGGGACAUUUUUGGAUAAACAAAGGAUUUGUAGCUUUGGAGAAAUUACUAAAUAAAACUGCAGGAAAAUAUUGUUUAGGGGACCAAGUAACCAUGGCAGAUUUAUGUUUAGUGCCACAAGUUAGUAAUGCAUUAAGAUUUAAUGUAGAUAUGUCAAUGUUUCCAUUGAUAUCAAAGAUCAAUGAAGAAUUAUCUAAACUGGAAGCAUUUAAAAAAGCUCAUCCAUUUGCACAACCAGACUGUCCAGAAGAUCUUAGACAGAAAUAAAAAGCAACAGAUUUAAUGGGGAAAAAAAACUACAAUUAGCCAAAUACAUGUUAGAUGGACAGCUGGACACUGUUCAGACAUUUUAUUAACAGUUUUAUGGCAGCUAUAUAAUGAUCUAAUGUAUUUUCUUGUAUUAUAAUUUUGAAUAUGAA